AAGAUGACACAGUUUCUUCCUCCGAACCUGCUCGCCCUGUUCGCCCCGCGGGACCCCAUCCCCUUCCUCCCCCAGCUGGAGAAGCUGCCCCAUGAGAAGCAUCAUAACCAGCCCUACAGUGGCAGCCCCUUCAUCAGGCACUUCGAGGAUCCCAGAGAUGCUCCUCCACCGCCACGAGCAGAAACCCGCGAGGAGCGGCUGGAAAGAAAGAGGCGAGAGAAGAUUGAGAGGAGGCAGGCCGAUGAGACAGAGCUCAAGCUUUGGGAUCCCCAUAAUGACCCCAACGCUCAAGGAGAUGCCUUCAAGACGCUGUUUGUUGCUCGAGUGAACUACGACACCACCGAGUCGAAGCUUCGCCGUGAGUUCGAGGUGUACGGCCCCAUCAGACGGAUUUACAUAGUGUACAACAAGAGGACGGGGAAGCCUCGGGGCUAUGCCUUCAUUGAGUACAUGAACAUGCACUCCGCCUACAAGCACGCCGACGGCAAGAAGAUCGACGGCAGGAGGGUGCUGGUGGACGUGGAGCGAGGACGCACCGUCAAGGGAUGGCAUCCCCGCAGGCUGGGUGGAGGCCUGGGAGGAACCCGGAGAGGAGGAGCCGACGUCAACAUCAAGCACUCUGGACGAGACGACGCUUCACGCUACGACGACCGUCCUCUGGGGGGUGGUGACCGGGAUCGUGGCGAGCGGCGGGAGCGGAGCCGGGAGCGCGACAGGGACAAGGACCGGGAGCGCCGCAGGACCAGAUCCCGUGAGCGGCGGCGCCGCACCCGCUCCAGAGAGAGAGAGGGACCGGGAAAGCAGGUGGCGCCCGGGGAGGACGGCACGCCCAGCAGCCGGCGCCGGGAGAGGGAGCGGGAGCGGGCGCCGGUGGCGGGCAGCAGGAGCAGGGAGAGGAGUCGGGACCGCAAGAGGAGGACAGGAGCCGAGACCGCAAGAGGACAGGGACAGGGCCAAGGGCCGGACGGGGAGGAGGCGGGCCCCGGAGACGGAGCCCCCGACGGCGGGGACAGGAUGCUGGAGGAGCACGAGGGGGAGGCGGGGGAGGGCGGGGACGAGCGUAGAGACAAGGACAGGGAGAGGGACAGGGACAGGCGGCGCAGCCACAGGGACAGGGACCGGCGCAGAGGGGACCGGGACAGGGACCGGGAGCACAAGAGGGAGCGCGGGGAUAGGGAGCGGGGCGAGCGACGGGAGGAGCGCCACGGACCCCCGCGAGACGACGCGCCCCCCCAGGACGACGGGGGCCCCGAGGACGACGGAGCGGCGCCGCCCAGCAUGGAGGAGUACAGUCAGGACGGGAUGAUGGACCAGCAGUCCCUCCCGUCGGGAGACGGCUACGGCUCCGGGGAGAACGGCUACAAGGUGGAGGCCGCAGGAGAUGAGUAUUGAGACGCCCCUCCCCCGACUGAAGACCCCCACACACACAAAUAAGUUGUCUGUUGUACCUUGACCCCACCCUCACUCUGUUGGCCCGGCUGGCUUCCUGUCUGUCCCCCGGGUCAACACUCAGUAGGACUGUAACGCUCAUUCUGGCCCUGCAGUAAAGUUUAGUGUGAAAGAAUGUGAAGCUGAAGGAACCGUAGUAACUGACAGGUGAGGACUCUUCACGCUCCUUAAUCUGGAUCUGUUUUUUUUUUUUGUUUGUUUUUUUUAAUUUGAUGGGCUGUUUGUAUGUUAGAUUUGCAGGUUCAUUUAAUAAAGAUGUGACUCAAAGCCA